AUGAGACCAUACGUCGAUCGCCGCAUAAAUUGUUGGAACUUGGAUCCUCUAUUGAACAACACAAUCACUAUUGGUCACGUGAAAGACCUCACACUGAAUUUCAGGAAUCUGGAAAAGAUAGAUGUAUGCUUGUCAGACAAGUUGGAGGAGUUAUUACGGCUUGCGGACAACCUUCGGGAACUCACUCUCUAUUUUUCCGAGCUUCCCAUGAUGUUUGAAGGAAACGGCACGCCAAACGUCACACUCGAGUUCGACGCAUUGAAGUUCUUUGCUACUCUGUGGGCGGUCAAAUCGCUCUCGCUUCGAACACUGUGGGAUAGUUGCAAUGGCGAGCACCCUCAUAGUGUCGGAAACAAAUCCACCAGCAAGAGAGGGUCACCUGCAAUGCGACGGCGGCAUACAUACUGGUAUGCACUCUGUCAAGCACUGACGUGUUACCGCAAAGAGAUGCAGAGCGAAUCGGCGAAGGACACCAACAGACUAAAGGUGUGCUUUCAGGCUGCCCUUGAAGCUUCACAACAGGAGUCUUUUCUCCAAAACCCAUCCGCAGCGUUUGAGUGCAAGAGAUGCGGCGAGCCGCAUCCACGGCCUACUGUAGCGGAUGUCAACAGGGUAAACUCGGCCGGUGACGAAGGCGAAGAUGAAAGAGAAUGUGUGGUGAUGUGA